AUGGGCGCUUGUCCUGACUUUGCCAUGCUGACACCUUCUGAUUCUCCCUCCGAAUCCCCCUUUUACCCCGACACCCCUCCCCUAAGCUCUUCACCCUCCGAGACAGACCUUUCUCUCAACUCUGCUGCGUCUGCCUCAGACAUCACACCCGAAACUACCCCAGUGGUAGCAGUUGUCGGUGUCGGCUACGUUGGCACACAUCUUGUCAGCUCUUUUUCAUCCAAGUACCAGGUCAUUGGGUUCGACGUUUCAGAGAGACGUAUCAAGGAACUUGAUCAAGAGUUCCAAGGAAACAACCGCGUCCGGUUCUCUCGAACACAGAGCGAUCUCAUCUCAGCCACACAUUUCCUCAUCUCUGUUCCUACUUUAUUGCGUCCCAACAAGUCCAUCAACUCUUCAUAUCUUCGCGAUGCCCUGAACAUGGUCUCUCAGGUGGCUCGUCGUGGCUCAACUAUCGUCAUCGAAAGCUCUGUCGCUGUUGGUAUGACAAGAGAGUUAGUUGGUCCCAUGGCCAAGAGACUAGGCUUAUUUGCUGGCAUGUCCCCUGAGCGUGUUGACCCAGGCCGUACCUUUCCUCCAGUCAAAUCGAUCCCCAAGAUCAUCUCCGGUCUAGACGACAUCCUACCUGGCUCCCUCGAUACCAUCUACCGCCUAUACUCCACCAUCUUCGAUAACGUUGUCAAGGUUUCUAAACCUGAAGUUGCCGAGAUGAUGAAACUAUAUGAAAAUUGCCAUCGUAUGGUCUGUAUCGUGUAUGCAAAUGAAAUGGCGGACGCUUGUAUUCCCCAUGGCAUUGACCCCUACGAGGUUUGCGAAGCAGCAUCGUCUAAACCGUUCGGGUAUAUGUCUUAUGCCCCUGGGCGUCGGAAGUUGGCGCCCUAUAUGCAUCCCCGUAAACCCAUACUAUCUCCUCUCAAAUAGCAAAUUCCCUUUGCUGGAAGCCUGUUCUACCGCCAUGAACAAUCGCCCAAGCAAGCUAGCUCAACGUCUGAUCGACUCCCUUCCCAGCACAGGCAAACGCUCACGCGUGCUUGUUGUUGGUCUAGGGUUCAAGGCUGGUCAGUCGCAGCUCGACAACUCGCCCGGUGUUGAUCUGGUUCGAAGUCUCGCUAUUUCAGGUUCUGAUUUAGACCUCACGUGGGCGGACGCUCUAGUCAAGCAGGAGGCUGUGCCUCAAGUUUCGCGUCUGGCUGAUCAAGAUUGGAAUAAGUCUUUCUUGGAAACUUUUGAUGUGAUUGUGGUUGCUAUGAAGCAACAUGGCAUGGACUUUUCUCUGCUGGAAGAGUUGGAAGGUGUUCGUGUUGAGAGUUGGUGCAGGUGA